AUGAACACGGUGAUAUCUGCUGUGGUCAGCGACCUCAUCAGCCGGUUUAUAUCCUUCGUCAUUCAAAAAUCACAUACACAUGUUUCCACCAACAAACUUAGGAUAUCAAGGUUGCAGCGGCUGCUCCUACGAGCCGUCACCGUCGUCGAGGAGGCUGAGGGGAGGCAAGUCACCAACAACGGCAUGCUCUUGCAGCUUAAGCAGCUCAAGGAGGCCAUGUAUAGGGGCUACUACGUGCUGGACACCGCCGGAAUAGAGCCAUGUCAACCAAAGAGAUGGGGAGUGAGCGAACGCAAAUUUGGAAGUGACAUGGACGAUUUAGAAGCUAUACUUGAUGGUAUGAAAGAGUUUCUCCUAGUUUUGAUGCACUGCCCUCCUAUCGUUCGUCAUCCAUAUGAUACAUAUUUGUUCAUGGAGAGGUGCAUGUUUGGUCGACAUAUGGAAAAAGAGUAUAUCAUUAACUUCUUGCUGCAUCCUUGUUUGUCUUUUGAUGUCCUUCCCACUGUUGGGCCAAGUUAUGUUGGAAAAAGAACCCUAGUUGAGCAUGUAUGUAGAGAUGAAACGGUGCAGAGAAAUUUCUCCCGUAUUUUGUGUUACAGGAGUGGUGAUCUCAACAAUAUAGCGAAUGAUGUUGUCAUGGAUAAUUUCAGGAAGUUAUGUCCUUCCGAUGGGAGGAUCUUGAUUGCUGUGGACCUUGUUCACGACACUGAUGAGGUGGCAUGGGGUAAAAUGUACAGUUCUUUGUACCAUGAAGCGGGUGGAAGCAAGGCCAUACUUAUUAGCGGAAUGGACCAGGUGUCAAGUUUGGGGACAACGCCAGCUCUUAGGAUGACGAGGAUACAAAAAGAGGAGUACUGGUAUUUCUUUAAAGUCCUUGCCUUUGGGAGUGCAAACCCAUAUGAUCAUCAUCCAGAUCUUGCCUCAAUAGCCAAGGAAAUUGCAACAGAGAUUGCUGGUUACUUUAUGAUUACAAGCAUAGUUACUAGGGUGCUAAGAUCUAAUAUGAAUGUGCAAUUUUGGCGUCGUUUAUUGGGGUACAUUAGGAGGUCAAUACAGAUGCACAUUCUUGUCUUCAAAGAGGACCCAAGGGACAUGUCCAACAAAACAUUUUGUCCUUAUUUUUAUAGCUUCCAUGAUGGUUCUCUCAUAUUUUGCUAUAACAGAUAUGAGAUUGCAGGGUCUAUGAGGCAAGGGGGCAUGCUAGGCGCAAAGAUGGUAGAAGAUGUGCUUAAUGGAAGAGUUGUGAAACGUGGAUAG